AUGGUUCAGUUGUUUUUGACUUUGGAGCACUUCAGCAUUUAUCUCCUAGAUCAGGAUACCAGCUAUCUGGGUGAGGGCACUACGUAUCACAAGAUCCCGUGCACUACUCGUGACAGCUUGAUUGGGAUGCGUUUCGAAAGUGACUCGGAUUGGUUGUUAAUCGAACUGCGCACAAAUCCCUGGUCAGAACGGCCGCAUCGUGGGCCGCGGAUCAAAUAUCGCCUAGUGGAUGCGCCAUAUCAACGAUGUUAG